AUGUUCUGGAAACCGGCUCUGGCUGUCUUCACCACCGCUACCCUGGCCCUGUACAGUACGUCCCGGCUCGCCAAACCGAACCACCCGGGACUAAACACCCCAGCGCUCUCGCGCCAAACACAUCCGGGCGACACCGCUCCCGCCCAAUCACGGCUCGCCGUCUCUCACGCAGCACCAGCCGACGAGCCCCUCCUCGACGACGCCAUCCCCUACGGCGACCAGGGCCCCGUGUUCAAGCUCAAGCUUCUCCGCUCCGAGCGAUUCCGCCGGCUCGUCGGCGACUUCGAGACGUGCGCCGCUGAUCUCCUCGGCUUUGAAAACGCGCUCGCCGGCUCGACCGGCGCCAAGGGUGCGGGCGUCAGGGCCUGCCAGGAGGCCGUGUUUACCUUCCUGCGGUGGGCGAAGAAGGAGUAUCAGUUUGUGGAUUUGUCGCAGUCAAGUCCAGACCUGCUGGGCAACGAUCAUGGAUCCGCGUCUCCUUCCAAGGUACUGGUAGAUGAGCGUGCGAGACGCAGCCAGAACAGCCGGCGAACGAUCGACCCCAUACCUCACCCGACCACGCCUCGCAGACGAAGCACCCUAUUCACCAAGCGGGAACUGCCCUGCGAAGAAGAAGUAUGCCGGAUCGGCGACCUGAGCGUCAUCUGCAACAAGCCCAAGGUGCGCAUGACCACCGCCGAGACGGACGUCUGCAAGCUGUGCUAUCCGCGCAACGAGAAACAGCUCAAGGCAUACUGCGUGCUGCGCGAGCGCCGCGAACAGCGCGCCUUCUACGUGGCCUUUGGCAUGCUCGUCAUCAUCACCCUGUCCGCCGCCGGCACCAUCGUCUUCAACGACUGCGUCCGCAAACGCCGCCUCGACCUCUCCCAGCCCACCACCCACGACGCCCACGCCUCCAAGCUCUUCCCCUGGUGCUUCCGCCCCAAACCCGCCUGGCGCCGCAAACCACCACAAACCCAACCCGCCGCCGCCACCGCACCCGUUCCGCCCGAGAAGUUCGCCGAAGCCUUCCGCCCCGGCCGAUGGCGCUACGGUUCGCUGGGCAGCGUGAAGAGCGAGUUCAACGACAACAACGGCAGCGGCGUCGUGGUGGCGAACGGAGCGCCGCGUCCGCCGCCUGUUGCUGUCACCGCGCGCCCGCGCAUCCGCACGCCGCAGCUGCUGCCGGCUAUCUCGCCGUAUCAGUCCCGCGAGGACUUCUUCGCGCACGCAGCCUAUCCGCCGCCACCGCCGACCGAUCGGUUCGUGGAGCAGCCGCGGUUCGUGCCGUAUGUGGCGACGCGGGGGGUGUGA